CCGGCCGGGCCCUCCCCCCUUCCCUCCAAUGCUCAGCUGCCUGCCGAGGGACUCGGUUUCCCAAGCUGCCCCGCGCUCGGGCCUAGGCUCUGGUGGGGAUUGUUAUUGUGGCGGCCCGGCCCCCCUGGACUCCUCUCAGUGUUUAAAGAUGGCGGCGGCAGCGGCUGCUGCGGGAGGCGGCGGCAGCGGCUCCUCCUGGGCCCCGGUGCCGCGCGGCCGCUUCCCGGGACGGCCCGGCGGCUGCCGCGCGCGGGGCGCGGGGGCCGGGAGUCGCGCGCGGGUCUCCCUGCUGGCGCCGCAGCUCUUGCUCUGGGCCGCCGCUGGGGACGGAGAGCGGAGCGCGGCGGGGGACACCACCCUGGGGAGCCUCCUGGGCCUGGGCCGGGGCCUGCGCCGCCUGCAGGGCCUGCUGGGUGACAGCAGCGAGGGCGAAGAAGAGGAGCCGGAAGAGUUCCUGGGCUUCCGUUCAGAAGAUGACGCCUCUCAGAGCUCUCUGCGUGCUGCCCUACGGUCUAAAAGAGGAGUGGCGGUACCAGCACGUGGCAGGAGGAAGAGGACCCUUGCUGAAGAUGCCCAUUCCAAGAGGCUGGCCAAGCAGAAGGCUGCGGAGUCCCAGCGGGAACGGAUGGUGAAGGCCUUGGCAGAGCUGCUUCAGAGUGCCAAGGGCUCUCCAGCAAGGGUGAGGAGGCUGCCGGCUUCUGGCCCCAAAGCGGGCAGGAUGCUUCCCGAGCAGACUAAACCAGCCGCAGAAGCUGAUGACGCCACACUCUCUCCUGCCCUUCCUUCACAAAGGAAGAAGAACCUCAACUCGGUUGUGAUACGCAGGCCCCGAGGUCGGCCACGGGGCUCCUUCAAAAACAAACGCACAGCAACUCCUGGGCCUUCUCAUGAAAGCAUCCAGGUUCCGUGUCCCAACCCAGAACCCGAGAGCAGCACUCAGUUGCCCUCACCAUGCCCAGUUGUCAGUCCAUCCCCGCCACCUCCAGAGCCUCCAAAGAAACCCUCACUCAUCCUGAAGUUCUUUUCCAAGGCCAAGCGGCACAAGUCCGGCCAGUUGGUGGUGACCCAUGUCCGGCUAAAGGGCCCUGGCAACAGGAGGGGCCGCAAGAGGAAAUGGAGCGUUGUGCCGAGGAAGAAAGGCUCCCCGCUUCCCUCCCGAUCUGUCUCUGAAUCGGACACCCCUUUAGUGGAAUCGGAUACGUCGCCUCUGGAUCCAGAACAGAAAGAAGAGGCUUCUGCUCUGGAGUCGGAGCCAGAGGUUCUUGCCCCAGGCCCAGAACCACAACCAGAACUUUUUGUCCCAAAGGCAGAGCUGCAACCAGAGAUGGUUGCUCAGGAAGCUGAGCAACAGCCAGAGACUCUUUCCUUGAAACUGGAGGCAUCUGAGCCCGAACCGGCGGUUCCAGCCUCGGCAGGGAGUAUCUCUGCUUCACCCAACAGGAUGUCCUGGAAACAGGAGCAGCCGCAGGUGUGCCCCCAGAGUGAUGAGACAUCGGUUCUUUCAGAGGGAAGGCCGCCUAGCCGGACCCAUUCCACACGGGCACGAUGUUCGAGGCGGGGGCGUCGGCGACUACCCCUCGGCUCUACCCGGCGGGUGGCCACUCGACAGUUACCAGCCAAAGGCAGGGAGGAGGUGGGGGCAGCUGCGCCGCAUCCUGGUGGCCUCGGCUCCGAGGAGACUCCAGCUCACAAGGCCACCUUCCUGAAGAACAUCCGUCAGUUUAUCAUGCCAGUGGUGAGCGCCCGUUCGUCGCGCCUCAUUCGGACCCCCCGCCGCUUUAUGGACGAGAUUCCACAGAAGACGCCCAAGUCUGCUGAAAGUCCUGCCUCCGAAGGGCCUUGCCCGGACAAGCAAGAGACGCCCCUGUCACUGCAGGCAACCUACCUGCAGCAGACCCUCCCAACCCCUGCCUCUCCUGAUAAAGGUACCUCUAGAGCCCCAUCGCCCCCACCUUCCCCUAGUGUGCCCCACACAAGUUCCUCUGCUCCUGCCCUGCCUGAAAAGCGCCGCUCUAUCCUCCGAGAGCCUACCUUCCGCUGGACCUCACUGAGCCCCACUUCAACCCCCAAGGAUAUGGGCAAGGCCCUCUUCCAUCUUCCUUGCGAAGAGCCACCUUCUUUGCCCAGUAGUCCAGCUCCGACCUCUCUGCUCCCAACCAAGCGAACCCCGCUGUUGCGGGCCCCGCAGUUCACACCCAGCGAGGCACACCUUAAGAUCUACGAAUCGCUGACUGUGUCCCCGGAGGAGUCUGAGCCGGCCUCUGCUUGCCCUGAGGUCAGGAGGGACCCCCCAACACCACAGCAGGAGGCGUCCGCCCUCCCUUAUGAGCCAGUGGUGACCCGCAGUGGCAAGAGGCUUUUGGGGAGGACAAAUCACCUUGCCCUGCCUCUCUUUACAGAGGCGCCUCGACCACCCGGGGCCCAGGGCAAAGAGCUGAUCACCAUGGAGGAUGUCAACUCUCCUGGUGUGGUACACAAGGUGGCCAUCCGAAGGGUUCUGCCCCCAGCAGUCUGCAUGGAGGAGGAGGCGGCAGCUGACAGCUCGGUCAGCGAGGCGGAGCCAGCUAGCCCCUGCUCGGAAGAGCUGAAACCCCCUCCAGAGAUUCUGAAGCCCACCCUGACCCAGUUAUCAAGCAUGGAUAAAGUCUACAGCCUACUUACUCGUGCCAAGGUCCAGCUCAUCAAGAUUGACCAGCAAAAGCAGUUCAAAUUUAUUCCGGGGUGUCAUACCAUCAAGGCUGACGCUUUUGACAUUCCAAAGGCCCAGAGCGAGCAGGAGGCAACUUCUGAACCCAAAGCAGCAGGAGAAGACAGGAAGGAGGCCAGAAAACAGGGCCAGGAGUCUCCAGUCCAGGGCCCCCGCAUCAAGCACGUGUGCCGGCAUGCCUCGGUGGCCUUGGGCCAGUCUCGGGCCAUGGUGCCAGAGGAUGUGCCCCGCCUCAGCGCCCUGCCGCUACGGGAGAGGGAGGAGAUUGCCGCGUCGCCCACCAUAGAAGAGACCUCCUCUGCCUCGGAAAGCGAGAGCGGCCACCAGAAGCAGGUGAAGGCGGACGCCGCGGUCAAAGCCGUGCCUCCCCCUGUGCGCCGCCACGUCUCCCACCACCAUGUCAAGAAGAACCGGAUGACUCGCUGUGGGAAAUGCAAGGGUUGCUUGAAGCUUCAGGACUGUGGGGAGUGCAUCAACUGCCUCGACAAGCCAAAGUUUGGGGGGCCAAACACCAAGAAGCAGUGCUGCGUGUAUCGGAAGUGCGACAAGAUUGAAGCGCGGCGGGUGGAGCGGCUGUCUAAAAAAGGCCGCACUGUGGUGAAGACCAUUGUUCCCUGGGAUUCGGAGGAUUCCCAGGAGGAGUUCCCAGCCCCCUGGGAGGUGAUGCUGGGGGCCACCGAGACGGCAGAACAAGACUCCUUGCUGCAACGCAAAUCGGCCCGGCGCUGUGUCAAACAGAGACCCUCCUAUGACAUCUUCGAAUCUUCGGACUCGGAGGACGCUGAGCCGGCGUCUGGGUCAGCCACACAUCGCCGGAAAUCCUCCCGGGAUUCGGAUCUGCUUCCCAUGGACUCCGAAGAGCAGAGUCGGCCCCGCAGAACCCCUCUCCAGCCUGUGGUGCAGCUCAAGGCCAGAAAGAGGCCGGAGAAGGACAUUCCCUCUUCUGGUGCUCUCCCGUCUAUCUCCAAUGGCUGGAACGGGAAACAGAAAUCCACAGAUGGUAUCCACCGGCUCAGAGUUGAUUUCAAGGAGGACUGUGACCUGGAGAAUGUCUGGCUGAUGGGCGGCCUCAGCAUCCUCACCUCGGUGCCCGUCUCCACACAGCUGGUGUGCCUGCUCUGUGCCAGCAAGGGCUUCCAUCAGUUUGUGUUCUGCCAGGUGUGCUGCGACCCCUUCCAUGUCUUCUGCCUGGAGGAGGACGAACAGCCUCUGCCCGAGCAGGAGGAGAGCUGGUGUUGCCGCCGCUGCAAAUUCUGCCACGUCUGCGGCCGCAAAAACAAGGCUUCCAAGCACCUGCUGGAGUGUGAGCGCUGCCGGAACUGCUACCACCUGGCUUGUCUCGGGCCCAACUAUCCCACGAAACCCUUCCGUAAGAGGAAGGGCUGGAUCUGUUCGGCCUGCAUCCGCUGCAAGAGUUGUGGGGCGGCUCCAGGGAAGAACUGGGACACAGAGUGGUCUAGUGACUACAGCUUGUGCUCUGCCUGCUCAGUGCUGUACAAUAAAGGUAACUACUGCCCAAUCUGCUUGCACUGCUAUGAAGACAAUGACUACGAGAGCAAGAUGAUGCAGUGCGCAAAGUGUGAUCACUGGGUUCACGCCAAGUGUGAGGGCCUCUCAGACGAGGGCUACGAGAUCCUGUCCAACUUGCCCGAAAGUGUCGUCUACGCUUGCCGGCCUUGCUGUGGCAGCGACAAAGCCAAGUGGCGCGACGUCCUCGGCUCGGAGCUGCGCAAGGGUCUCCGGCAGGUGCUCCAGGGGCUGCAGGGUGCCAAGUGUGCUGCCUCCUUGCUGCAGUGUGCACAGUGCUGCCCGGAUGAUGGCGUCAAGGUCCACCUGCGUCCCUGUGACCUGCGGACUGUCGGCAAGCUCUUCGAACAGGGCCACUACUCCUCCGUGCACAGCUUCCAUGAGGACUUGGUGGGAGUCCUGUUGGGGCACCUGGAGGAGGGCCAGGCGAGCCUGACCGCCAAGGCACUCUACAUUGAGCUGAUGGGCAAGUUCUUCAGCUGGUUUGAUGCUCAGGAUGCAAAGCACUGGACGCGCAGCAGCACCCUCCCCAACGGCAUGCUUCCCAAUGCUGUCUUACCUCCCUCCUCCGACCACAUCUACGCUCAGUGGAGGCAACCGGAGGAGCGCAGCCCAGCUGCCAACAGUCAUCUGACUUCCAGCUCUGAGAAGAUGGCUGGGAAAGAGGUGGAGCCUGCUGUGCUGCAGCAGCCAUUGGCUGAGCCAGAGGACAAGAGGCAGUGUGCCCUGUGCCUCCAGUACGGCGACGCCCCCUCCAAGGAUGCAGGGAGGCUGCUGUACAUCGGCCAAAAUGAGUGGACGCAUGUCAACUGUGCCAUCUGGUCCGCGGAGGUCUUUGAGGAGAAUGACGGCUCCCUGAAGAAUGUGCAUGCUGCUGUGGCCCGGGGCCGGCAAAUGCGCUGUGAGCACUGCCAGCGCACGGGAGCCACUGUCGGCUGCUGCCUCUCUGCGUGUCUCAGCAACUACCACUUCAUGUGCGCCCGCCUCUGCCACUGCACCUUCCAGGAUGACAAGAAAGUCUUCUGCCAGAAGCACGUUGACCUCCUGGAUGGGACGGAGAUUGUUGCCGAAGACGGGUUUGACGUCCUGCGCCGGGUCUAUGUUGACUUUGAGGGUAUCAGUUUUAAGAGGAAAUUCAUGGUGGGCCUAGAGCCAGACACGAUCAACAUGAUGAUAGGCUCGAUGAAGAUCGACAGCCUGGGGAUGCUGACGGAUUUGUCGGAGUGUGAGGGCCGCCUCUUUCCCGUAGGCUACCAAUGUUCCCGAACAUAUUGGAGCACGGUGGAUGCCCGCAAGCGGUGCUGGUAUAAGUGUCGCGUCCUGGAGUAUCGGCCGAAGCUGAGCCAGGAGGAGCCAGACGCGUUGGGGGUGCAGGAAGAGAACCACACCAUUGUGCACAGCCCUGCUGCUCCGGCAGAUUCUAGCCUCGGGGAUAAGCAGCUCCUGGAAGUGCCCCCUUCCGUGCCACCGCCGGAGCGCCACUCUCCUGCACAGAAUCCGGGGCCUCUGCCGCCCCCAGAGCCCGCCACCUCCAAGCCCAAAUCUCUCUCUGGAGCCCGCAUCAAAGUGCCCAACUACUCCCCCACUCGGCGACCCAUAAGUGGGGUCUCAUCCCGCCCGCUGCCCUCUCCUGGAAGCACGUCCUCCAUGUCCCAUCACAUUUUGACUGUGGGUGACCCAGACUUCCCCCCUCCACGCCGUGCCCAACGCCUCAGCCCCCUAUCGCCUAGCAGCGCCCCCCGCACACGCCGCUCCUCCCUCCCGCCCCAAGUCACUGCUAACAGGACGAGUCCCCCCCGCACCACACUCAGGGCAAUGCCGCCUCUCCCGGACGACCCCCCAGCUGGGAGUGGCUUCAGGCACACGUCUACCUCAGCCGGGCCGGACGGGCAGCGGCCCCCACCUACCUCACCCCCUCCCUCGCCCCCAGCCGUGCCGCCAGAGCUGGCUUUUGAGCUCAACGUCUCCGACUUGGAGUUUGACGACAGUCUUCUCGACGAGCCCUUCCAGGAGGAGGAGCUGGGGGGGCCCCGGACGUGCCCCUCGCCCAGCCUGGGGCUGCCUCAGUUGGAUGGCCUGGGCGACGCCGAGAGCGAAGAGGAAGGAGAGGCCGGCCGCUACUUCCGCUUCCCCCGCACGGUGGUGACCCGGGAGCCGCCCCUGCCCUCCUACUCGUUGGACCUCCCCCUGCCCCACAUCCACCAGCUGGACGGCAUAGAUGACGGCACGGACAGCGAGGCUGACUCCGCCGGGGGUCACCCGUCCACCAAGGGCAAGCAGGCCGAGCCGAGGGGAGAGCGAGAGCUGGCUGGCCCCGCUCCCGUCCCCGCUCCUGAGGACUUGCCUUCGGACAUCGUGGACUUUGUGCUGAAGAACAUGGAUGCCCCCGAGAGCAAGGCCCCGUUUCCCUCCUGCCUCAGCCGGACAUCUCCCCCGCUCCCUCUGCCCCUGCCCCCUCUCUCUGCCAGUCUUAAUGGCACCGAGCCAGCCCACCCCAGCCCCCUUCCAGAGCCAGCCCCAACCCUAACCCUCAGCUGUGCCCCGGUGCCAGGCAACCCUGAGGUGAAGGUGUUGGGGGCCGAGGGGCAGGUUCCAGGCUCCCGCAUCAUCCUUGUGAACAAGCUGGGGCAGGUCUGUGUGAAAGUGCAGGGUAAGGAAGGCGGGUUGAACGCUCAGGAUGGGGAGCAGGCCUCCAGCUGCAACGCCAAACCCAACCCGCUCCUGGCACAGCCCCCGCCCGCCCCCAACCUCGGCACGGUGAUCUUGCGGGCCCCUCUGGGACUGGCUUCCAGCCCUUUGCCCACCUGGACCAUCCGAGGGCCAGUGCUCAGCAUGGUGCCCAUGAUGAACGUCGUGGGCGCUGCGCCCCAGGCUGCCGGCGGGCAGUUGGCCCUGGGCCCCCCGGCUCUGGUGACGCCCUCCUUGGGGCUCCCGCAGACAUGUCUCCUGCAGCCCGUGGCGGUGAAUUCGGGGAUGCUGAGCCUCCCGGGCUUGGUGUCCUUGCCUGGCCCGCGACAGGCCAUCCGUAUCAAGAGGGUCUCCACCUUUGUGGGGAACGUGCCUCCCAAGAAGGCCAAGCUGGAUGGGGUCAACGAGGAGGAACCGUCGCCUCUGUUGCCCCCGGGGACUCCAGAUCACUUGGUUAACAACUGCCUCUCCGGCAGCCUGGUAGGCUCUGGCAUCGGGAGGGUGCGGAUAAAGACUCCUACAGCAAAGGGAGUCCUGGAUCUGGAUGCACUCAAAGAUGAGGCAGGCACUGUUGGCGAGAACGAGCUGUCCCCGAUGGAACAUCCCCCUUCCUUGGCAGCAUUGCACUCCCGGCCUGGCACCCCAGAGCAGAACCAAGAGCCUCUGCUGGAACCAGUAUGGCACAGAUAUGCAGGGGAUCUCUCCAGCUCGGAUGAGGACAGCCUGAACCAGGAAGACAAAGAGAACGAGAUGCCCCGCAAAACGCAGCCCCAUCUGUGCUUCGAGAUCACCAGCGAGGAUGGCUUCAACGUGCAGGCUGACAGCAUUGAUGGUGCCUGGAAAGCAGUGAUUGAGAAGGUGCAGGAGGCCCGCACCAACGCCCGGCUCAAGCACUUGUCCUUUGCAGGCAUGAAUGGAGUGCGGAUGCUGGGGAUGCACCACGAUGCCAUCAUCUUCCUGGUGGAGCAGCUAUAUGGCGCCAAGGCCUGCCACAAGUACAAGUUCCGGUACCACCAGCAUGAAGGCGAAGAGGAGGAACUGCCCCUCAACCCUCACGGCUGCGCUCGGGCCGAAGUUUACGUCAGGAAAUGCACUUUUGACAUGUUCAACUUUCUGGCAUCCCAACAUCGCGUGCUUCCCGAGGGAGGUCCCUAUGAUGAAGAGGAGGAUGAGGUGCAGCUCAAAUCUACCAGGCGAGCCACAAGCCUGGAGCUGCCCAUGGCCAUGCGUUUUCGGCACCUAAAGAAAACCUCCAAGGAAGCUGUGGGCGUGUACAGGUCAGCCAUCCACGGCCGUGGCUUGUUCUGUAAGCGCAACAUCGACGCAGGCGAGAUGGUGAUUGAGUACUCUGGCAUAGUCAUCCGUUCUGUGCUUACAGACAAGCGUGAGAAAUACUAUGACAGCAAGGGCAUUGGCUGCUACAUGUUCCGCAUCGAUGACUUUGACGUGGUGGACGCCACCAUGCACGGCAACGCCGCCCGCUUCAUCAACCACUCCUGCGAGCCCAACUGCUACUCGCGCGUCAUCCAUGUGGAGGGCCAGAAACACAUUGUCAUUUUUGCCCUGAGGCGCAUCUUUCGAGGCGAGGAACUCACCUACGACUACAAGUUCCCCAUCGAGGACGCCGGCAGCAAGCUGCCUUGCAACUGUGGAGCCAAACGCUGCCGGCGCUUCCUCAACUGAGGACUCGUGCUGGGCCCAGUUUCUCAGACCUGUACCCUAACCCAGCUCCCCUUCCCUGAUAUCGCGGCAUGGCAAGGGGCGCGGGGGACUUGACCUCAUCAUCAUACCUUUCCAGGUGGGCUGCUGCUGCAGCGUGACUCAUCCCUUUUAGUUCUUUGAGGUGUGCAGGAGACUCAUCUCCAAGGAGCAUCAGUGAUGCCCAUUUUGUGUGGGAAGAGAGGAAGCUCGUGGCAGUGGCCUUGUUGUCUGAGUCCAUGGCUUGAACUUAUGACAAGCAGAAACAUGGGGCAAGUGUGGGAAGGGUGAUCCCCAGACCCCUUGUUUGUGCCCAUCUGCUUCAUAAUCUUGAUUUUUUUUUUUUUUGGUUGCCCCCUUGUGGGGUGAGAGCAUUUUCUUUAAUUUUUGUAUUUUUGAAUUUUGUGAAUUCCCCCCUGCUUAGGAUCUCUCUUUAAAGGAAAAAAAAAAAAACCUCAUCAAACCCAGGAGGAUGUAAAUAUUUGUACAAAUUUCUAAACCUGUUUAUUUUCUAUGCACUUUUUUAUUUAAGAUGCUCAGUCAGCUGAGACGGUAAAGGGUUGGAUUCUUGUUGGUAUAAUUUUAAAUAAAAUGCGAUUUUGACAUGA